AUGUUCAAAGUUCAACGACCCACCUACAAUCUUCCUCGUUUGUUCGGCCGAGUUUGCCAAGACGCCAAAAAACGUCCACGUUUGUUGCGCCAAGCUUGCCGAGACGCAGAAAACAAUCCACGAUUGCUCUUACAAGUUUGUCGAGAUACCAUAAAAUGGUCACGUUUUUCGUCCCAAUUUCACCGAUUGGGCAUCCCAAGUCAAGGUUUGAUGGGCGAGGUACGACAAGCAGCCCAGGCAACUAUGAUUUUUUAG